UGAUAUGACGUUUGACUUUGACCAGAGACUUUGACGAUCACACUAUCAUAUGGGAACUAAUCAUCCAAAUAUCAAAAUAAAAUAAUUAAGACUGAAGUUAUUGAAUAAACCUGCAAUGGGUUACCAUUUCUAGAACGAUGAGAUACUUAUGAUACAAUUCUAUUCUAUUGAGAAAAGAUGUUCGAAUGUUGACUUCCAUGAAAUUAUGUACUGUCUUCAGUGGCUAAUACCUGUCCUUUUGAUGCCAAAACCUUCCAACCCAGCUUUGGUGCAGACACAUGUAAUGUUCAUAGUUCUUUAUUUGAUUGGAUUUUUUCUUGGGAGAAAGCCUUGCACAAUAUGCACUAUAGUUUUUAUAGCUACAGUAUUCUUGAUCUGCUACAGUGGAGUUGGCAAUUGUAUAUUUUGGGCACCCUUUUGCGAAGCUGAAAAUGGUUAAGUGACUUCAUUUCUGUUCAUUAUUUUUGGUAUUGAUCAAAAUGAUUUUGAUCGGUUAUAAUUAUAUUUUGAACUUUAACUUAUUUUGUAUAUAUUCACCAGCCUUACAUGAUUGGAACUCCUUAUGGUUCAAACUUUUUAUAUUGUUUUAAUGAAGAUUAAUUAUGAAUUGUAUUAUAUUAUUGUAUAUAAUAUCCUGUUACAUGUAUGUAAUUAUUGAAUCAAAUUUACGAUUGAAAAAGAGUGAAAUAAAAAAUUUCUGACAAUGUUGAUUUCAUCAAAA